AUGAGGUACCCUCCGUUAUCCAUGCUUGCGUCUGCCGGCGCAAUUGCAUUAAACCUCGCCCUAGGGGCUACGGCAGCUUGUUCAAAUACGACUGAAUGGGUGACAAUUUGGGGGGCCAUGCCCCAGCUGACUGAGCCUGCAAACUUACCUCCCGCUCCAUUUAACUCUACGGGACGGGUGUUUGAUGAUACUACUAUUCGUCAGACAGUGAAGCUGUCUUUGGAUACGGAUGUUAUCCGGCUCGAGAUUAGCAACGUGUUCGGUGGCUCCGACUUGUCUAUCUCCGCUGCCACAGUUGCCAUCCCUGCCAACCAGACAGCGGGCAUCAAGGAAAUCCAAACAGACACGACCCAGGCACUGACCUUCUCGGGAAGCCAAUCAUUCAUUGUUCCGAACGGUGCCUCUGUUUUGUCUGACCCCAUACAGAUGCCCGUUGCUGCACAAUCGAUUCUCUCUAUUAGCAUCUAUCUGAAAAACGGUCAAACUACCAAUGAAAUUACAUCCCACCCAGGCAGCCGCACAACUUCCUUUUUUGCCAAAGGAAAUCAUCUCGCGAGCCUAGAUUUCGAGGCAGAAACAGCGGGCUCUGCCGAUCAUUGGUACUUUAUCAGCGCAGUAGAAGGACUCAUUCCUGGAACCGCUUCAACUAUUGCCAUUGUUGGCGACUCGAUCACGGAUGGGCGCGGGUCUACAACUAACGGAAACGACCGUUGGCCGGACCAACUCCUUGUUCGUCUUUCCCAAAAUGCCAAGACUAGAUCCACGGCCAUCUUGAACCAGGCCGCUGGAGGAAAUCGUAUCUUGAACGACGGUCUUGGCCCUAACGCGCUUGGGCGUAUUGACCGUGACGUUAUAUCACACCCAGGUGUCCGCCACGCGAUCAUCUUCGAAGGCGUCAAUGAUAUAGGGACAGCGGGCACCGAUGAAGCCACCCAAUCUGUGGUUGGGGACCGCUUAAUUCAAGCCUACGAUCAGAUCAUCCAGCGCCUGCACCGCCACAACAUGAUAGUUAUUGGAGCGACGAUCACCCCAAUGACAGGAACUGGUCAGGUUUACGGGCACCCCAACCGCGAGGCUACGAGACAGCGAGUUAAUAAAUGGAUUCGAGAAUCGGGGGUCUUUGAUUCCGUAAUUGAUUUUGACGAGGCCGUGAGGGACCCAGUGCAGCAGGAUCAGCUUCUCCCAAAGUAUGAUACGGGUGAUCAUCUCCACCUCAACCCUGCUGGAUACUUGGCGAUGGCCGAGUCUGUGGACUUGACGCUUUUUGAGACGGGUAGAUAG